AUGACCACCGCCGCUCACCUGCAGAAGAUAACGGGCCUCAAGGAGGCCCGCGCAAAGGAGUGCUUUGACGCCUUCGGCAGCUACCCCGCCGCCCUUGCGUCGUUCGCGCAGUCGUUUUCCUCUAUUCCGACUGACUUCUUCGAGGACACAACCGUGGCCCAUAAAAACGCAGAGAAGAUCAACGAUGAGCUACGUGUCAUUCACCGCAAAGCGCGAGAGUUGAAGGCCAAGUCAGGCAAGUCAGACGCAGAGGUGUGGAAGAUGUAUUCCACAGAACAAAUGGCGCUGUCGGCGACCACAGCGCCGACGACGCAGGGCUCGGUGCUGGGGGAGGCACCAGCGACGCAGGCGAACGUGUCUGGCGCUCCCGCCGCGCCCAGCACGUCGUCAGCCGGUGCAAGCGCCUUUGGCUUUGGUGCUGCAGCUUCCACCCAGGCCACGUCAAUGCCCGGCGCAAAGCCAGUGUUCGGCUUCGGCAACGUUGCCACUACGACGCCGAAGCCCGCCUCCGAUGCGGCAGCGCCGAUUUCGUUCGGCUUCGGCAAGACUGCUGCGACGACAGCCACGACGGCUACUGCUCCGUCAGCGUCCAGCUCUGGUGCAGCUGCCGAGGCGGCCACUGCGGACGUGGCGUCAAAGAAGGCCGUGAAGUACUGCAACCCGACUCAUUUCACCGGCCCUUACUUUGAUAUGCCCCUCUUCUGGCAGGUAGAGGUGGUGGAGCGGGCGCCACUGCUGAACCUGAACAACGGAUUUCUGGAGGCGCACAAGGAUGAGCUGCGGCCGCGGUUGGAGAAAUGGGUGGAGAAGGCCGCAUUUUACCGCAAGCCCGUGCAGUACGUACAGAUCGAAGACGAGGAUGAGGAUGUGGUGCGCGUCAUCAUCAAGGACGCAGACCGCACCUUCUUCCAUCCGGACCACCGCCGAAAGAUGGUGGCGUUCCUGAACGCCAUGUACCACGAGUUCCACGCGUACGGUCAGGCCAUGAGCUAUCUUGCUGGCUUGUGCAUGCUUGUGCUGACCGAGGUUGAGACGGCGGCCGUGAUCCGGUUUGUGGCGACGGAGUACCUGAAGGGACACUGGGCCGCGGAGGCGGUGGGCUUCGCCACAAGUGCGUGGGUGGUCGAGUACUUUAUGCAGAAGAAGCAGCCCGAGGUCGCGAAGCAUCUGGAGAAGCUGAAUUUCUGGCCGGACACAUACCUGCAGAAGAUCUUGACAGGUCUGUGCAUUCACGUGCUGCAGUUCAACGAACUCUUCAGCUUCUUGGAUGCCUUCAUGCAAGGCGGCAUGCGAUUCCUCAUCCGCUUCUGUCUCGCCAUUGUCGAGCACUUCCGCACCGAACUGCUCGCCAUCAAGAGCUCCACCGAGGCGAACGAGCUGUACGAGCUGAUGCGCCUAGAUUAUCGUGUCGCUGACCACGAGGAUGUCCUCGCCAUUCUUCAGCGGGCGCCGUCCAUCGACCUCGGAGAGGAUGGAGACAGCAUCGAUCUCAUCCGCAGCCAGGUCUACGAGAAGCGCAUUGCGCCUCGCCUGCAGCGGGCGCCAAAGACAGAAACGUUUGAGCCGUGUGAAAUCUGCGACAAGAAACGGCCAAAGUGGUGGAACGAAGACCUCGGUGCUGUGUGCGAUGACUGCAAGGCCACACAUCCACACAUCGAGUUCGAGAAGUACUGA